AUGACUUCAACUGUCUUCUACCGUGCUGCGCUUCGGCGCCCCUCUUCCAUCCGCGUUGCAAACGCAGCACCCCGGCAAUGGACUCGCUACUCGAGCUCGUCCAGCAACCCUCGGGGCUUUAGCGCCCGCACCAUUGCCGUGAUGGCCGUUGUGGCCGCGUCCGGGGCCGGGGCUGCCUGGGCCUAUCCGCGGUUCUUCGCGCAGCCACAGCCGGCUCUUCCAGAGAAACCUGAGAUCGUGUUCGAGAAGCCACGGAAAAAGUCUGCCUCCAAGGAGGAGUUGAGCUCACAAGAUGCGCAGGUCAAGAAGAGCUGGGAGCACCCCGGCGUGUACGCCUGGGGUUCAAAUGCCGGGAAGGUGGUUGCCCCCGACUCGAAUGAAACCGUCAUCAAGACGCCUAGACGGAUCCCGUAUUUUGACGGCCAGAUUCUGCGUGAUCUUAAGCUUGACCGCGAUUUUGGUGCUGCCGUCACUGAAAACGGCGACCUCGUGCAAUGGGGUGCCGCCUUCUCUCAGGACGCCGCUGCGCCCACUGUCACCCUGAAGGGGAAAGACAUUGCGAAGAUCGCAGUAUCACGGGACCGCAUCAUUGCCCUCUCAUCUGGCGGAUCCGUCUACUCUAUCCCCGUCGCCAAGUCCGACCAGGCGUCCGGCGAGAAGCUGGCCAGCAAGUCGUGGCUCCCGUUUUGGUCUUCCGAGACCCCUCCUAUCAGCUACCGGUCUAUCAAGCCCGAGAAUUUACGCUGGGGUGAAAAGGUUGUGGACGUCAAGAGCGGGCUUGAGCACUGCCUUCUGCUGACCUCUAAGGGCCGCGUCUUCUCUGCAGCAUCCAGCUGUGAAGACUUCCCUUCCAAAGGACAGCUUGGUAUCCCUGGCCUGACUUGGCAGACGCGGCCGCCAGGCCCUUAUGACCAGCCGCACGAGGUAACAGGCUUGCGUGGCUCGAAGAUUAAGGCCAUCGCAACGGGCGAUUUCCAUUCGCUCGCUCUCGACAGCCAGGGACGCGUAUUCACCUUCGGAGACAACUCCAGCGGCCAGCUAGGCUUCGAAUCGGAGAUUGGAGCCACCAACGUCGAUACGCCUGCGCUCCUUCCCAUCAGCAAACUCUACAAGGGGACGAAUCUGGUGCCAAAGGUCACCUCCAUCGCCGCCGGUGGGUUGAACAGCUUUUUCACUAUUGAUGCCACCAAGUCCCAGAGUCAGAAUCCGGACGAGGUGGGCCGGACCGUCGCCGACACCUGGGCAUGUGGUGGCGGAAUCCACGGUGAGCUAGGCACCGGGAAGUGGACGCACGUCUCGGCCACGCCGAGCAAAAUCAGGGCGCUCUCCAGCCUCUUCGAGUACGACGACAAGGCAGGCCGCAUCAUCCCGAUCCGGCUGGCGCGUCUCGCGGUCGGCAGCACACACGCGUGUGCGAUCCUCGACAACCUGACGCACCUCACCGCCUCGGGCAGCACGCCGGACACCGACACCAACUUUGGUGCCGAUGUCCUCUGGUGGGGCGGCAACGAGUUCUACCAGCUCGGAACCGGCAAGCGGAGCAAUGUCAGCAUGCCCGUCUACAUCGCGCCGCUUGAUGGCGGGGACGCAGAUGCACAGCGAUUCCAGAUCACGCCGAGGACCACGGUGCGUUUGGGCGAGGGUGGCAAAGGCAGGAAGGCUAGUGUGGAGCAGAGGGUUGAGUGUGGGCGCUACGUGACAGCGGUAUACUCGGGGGCUUGAACGCCAUCGGCGCACUACAUCUCUCGGACGGGAAGCGAACCGACCGGUGGCGGCGCAGGGUUGUUUGGAUAUCACAUGCUCGGAUGGUACAUACGGACGUACCUUGUAUUCUUUAUGAUUCAUUUUCUCUGUAUAACAGCUGGGAACGAAGCACUCAUCUCCAUCUGCAUGGAUGCUUACUUGCAAAUCGAGUCUAACACUUUGCCCGGAGGUCAUGACACCCAUAUACCCUGUUGCAUGGCGCUGCAUGACAGGGCCGGGAAUGGGGAUAUUGAGUGGGGCAAUCUUUCUAAUUGGGAGCGGGUCACAACUCACAAGAGCCACUGCAGCGGGCCGCGCGCCUGAGGCCUGGGUCGCGUGGGGCCAUGCAGCAAUGGAUCAUCCUCAACGAGCAUGGCUUCGAUAUCCCCGUUGUCCCAUAACUACCUAGAG